UUUUGAUUGGUGUUUGCGCGGAAACAACACCGGAUAAUUACUAUCGACGCCGCGUACAAGUAGAACGGCAAACCAAAUAAAAAAUCGGGGAAAAAAAAAAAAUCCUAACGAUAAACAAAUCCAAAGCGGACGCAUAAAAGACGCGGAUCCCGUCUGGUCCCCGGCACUAAUGAAUAAUGAUAACAGUCGUGUACCGUAUCUGUUAACCGAAUAGUUUUGCAGAUUUCGAACCGAACGUAUUUCGCACACGAGAGGAAAAAAAAUGGCCGCGAGUACAGUUUUCGUCGUUCUGGCGGUCGUUCUCGCCGUAAGUAUUGUUUUAUUUUUUUUUUUUUUUUUUUUUUUUGUUUUUUCGAAAUUCAAUUACCGUUACUAUUAUUUUAUUUUAAUAACGUGAUAAUUGGCGUUGUAAACACUCUAAACCUGCUUGUUAUACGGCGGUUUUUUUUUUUUGUUUUUUUGUUUAAUUACGAUUAUUAAAGCAGUAGGUACACCGCGGUAAAGUCGGGAAUUGUACGUUUCGUAAAAAACCGCGGGCGUUCCCGGUGCAUAUAUACUGUACUUAAUUGAAAAUAAAUCCUUUUUUUCAUUACCUACAUUGAAUCGCGUUACAAUUAUAAUUUUUUUUUUUUUACACUAUUAUGCACAUUGUGCAUUAAAAUAUAUAAAGGUGAAAAAUAAAAAAAAUAAUAAAAAAAUGGCGGUAAAAAUUUUUAAUCUUGAUGAAAACUAAUUGUAUAAUAUUAUAUUAUUGAAACCGCGUAUAUUACAAAAAUAUAUAAAUAGAAAUAAAAUUUAAACAAAUCCGUAACUAAUAAAAUGUACCGCAUGAACACUUAUAUGUUUUUACUCCAAAGCAAUUAAAAUAACGUUUCAGAAGUUUUUUUUUUUUAUGGUUAUUUAAACGUAAACGCAGCGCACCACAACACUCGCGCAGUCGUAUACGACGCGGAGCGGUAGGACGCGACGAGGAGACUUCCGAAUAGGUUUUUAUUAUUAAAUCGGUUAUAUUUCACGGUCCCGUGACGCGCGAUAUAUUAUGCAGAAUUAUUGACAGUUAAAAUAUUGAAUUUCGUAUCGUAAAUGUAGUUUUAUAUUCAGGCGGGUCGAAUAGUGUAGUCCGAUAGUCGGGUUAUUAUUAUUAUUUUUUUUUUUUAAAACACUUCAAAUUUUAAUUUCGUCGCCAAACGCUAUCGCAACCAUACGGAGCUUACGGAGCGAAUGGCCUGUACACCGUUCGUGUAUUCUCGCGGUGAAAGAAGACGCGAAAUUUCCGUCCGGCGCGGCGCUCGAAACGUUUUCUCUAGAUUCCCGACAGUUUUUCGAAAACCAAAAACCGUCGUCAAAAUACGAUACGCUGGUCUCGUGUCUGCUUUUUUUUUUUUUUUUCAUUGAUUUCCGAGUUAUAUUGUAUACGCUGUGUACAAAGGGAAAACACAUUACAAAACUAUAGUAUUCACUUUACCGGUUAACGGCCGAGCACCGCUCGGAAUAGUUUUUUGUCCGCGAUGAACAAUCGUUGUUUUCAGGACGUACACGUACUCAUAUAACAAUCCUGAAUUUCUGUACACCACCAUCUGUCAUACAGUCGUAGCGUUUUUUUUUUUUUGUAUUUUAGAACUUUUAGAAAUUACCUAUGGCACACGGACGACGACCGCCGGAGGCGGCGGCGAUUGCGAAAAUCGCCGGAGUGGCGAGAUUGAAAACUCGUCGACUCCUUCGGUUAACGUUUUCGCCCGUUAUUUUGUGUUUCGACGUUGUACGUAACGAAAUGAAAAUAAUAAAAAAAAAACACCGAGGAAUCCGUCGGUUUUAUCGAAUACGAAAACCGGUACCGUUCGAAUUGCCGUAUCGGCCGACGGGAUUUCCAAGGUCGUGCCGGGGGCGUCGUGACCCCAUCGCGCGCCCCGUACACCCGGCCCCGACGAUCGUUAUCGGCGUCGCGGCCGUUUCGUCGCCGCCGUAACGGAUGUCGCACGCGGAACGCACGAAAUCCCAUCGGGGGGGGGGAGGAGGGGGCGAUAACGAUUGACGCGCGGAACAAAAGUAAAUCGUGAUAAUUGCACAAAGGCCGGAACGCGGCGUUGAUUGGGCAACGCGCGCGCGAGACGCGACGGAGAAUACCCGAACCGACGCGCGUUUAUGCGCGCGUCGCCGGAUCGGCGAAACGUAAUUAUCACGUUGUCGUCAUUCCGCGGCGCGCGACGUGAAUUCGGAAAUCCGCGGCGUCCGGGGGGGGGUCCGACGGUACCGCGCACGUACCGUGUUGUUUUUUUUCCGCGGACGUGCCCGGACGACGUGGAAACGAUCGCGUCGCACACCGACCGCGACUCCCGUACGGCGCGUAAAGGCGCGCGCGAAUCCGGCCGGUAUUGUUGCACGGGCGUUGCGGCGUACGGAGAUUCGAACGGAACGUGAACGACGCGGGCCGCGUCGACGGGCCACGGAAACACAACGCGUCCGCGCGGUCGUCCCGUCCGGCGUUUCGGCGUUUCGCCGGCCGUUUCCGGGUCCGGCUUUGAAAAUUCGCGAACACUUUUAUUGACGCCCGUGCGCCGGGCGUUCCGGAUAUUCCGGCGACGGGACCGCGAAUUCCGGCGAACCGAUUCGAAGAUUUUUACCGCGACGGGAUCGAACGAACCGUGUGACGAAGUCGACCCGGCCGCCUGACGGUCUGAAGGGGGGAGGUGAUAGGGUCGGUAACAGCUGCGCGAGAAAAAUUCUGAUAGUAGGCCGACGGUCUCGACGCCGACGGAAUGGGAUGGCCGACUUCAUGCGCGCAAAUAUAAUCGGCAUACGCAUUGGUAUCGAUAUGUUUGAUUUGGAGAUUUUCGAAAUUUUCCAAGAGAAAUUAAUUUCAAUCGGUCGUCGUUUAUCGCCAGAGCUCCGAAACAUUUAUGGCGUUGCUUUUAAACUCGUGUUUUACACAAGCAGCACAUGUAUUCCGCUUUCGAGUCGUUCGACGAUCGACUAGCUCUUUGAAAACUAUAAUAACUCAUUCCGUUAUGUAUAUUUUACGUUUUACCUUAUUUCCUCGUUUCGACACGUCCGCAAUACUCCAACGCGCGCAGGUACUUACCACCUUAUAUGUCGGUUAUAAUAAAUUGGAAAUCAUUUCAGUUUAAAUUUACAACACGCCGCUGCGAAUCGAAUUCUCGACAAAAUAUAAAUAAGAAUUUACAGCGGCGUUUUAAUAAAUGCAAAUUCAAUGUUCAAUAGGUAUUGAUGUUCAACAGUAUUCGGACGUUUCGGUGCAAUAUGUUAUUUUGAAUGUUUCAAAAUAUACGAAAUUGUUCGUAUGUGCCGUCUACGCAAUUUGAAUUAUUUUUAUUUGUUAUUUCACCGAGGGGCGAUUUUUUUUUUUUUUUCACGGUCUAUUGAUUGUCAAGGAUUUUAAGUAAAUUUGAUUUUUAUACGUUUUUUUUUUUUUUCAAUCAUUGUGAAAUUCGAAUUUAUAGAUUUUACGUUCAAAUAGUUAUCAUUUUACUCGAUUGUCGAAUUAAUUUUCUCUUUUUGAAUCUGGUUAACAAAGGCGGCAACGUAGAAACAAGUGAGUUGUAUGAAAAUCGAAUGUUGACAAAACGUGUUUGUGGCGUACGUUUUGAAAAUUUUGUUAACGAAACUGUUAAACGAUUUUACAACGAUGAAAACAAUCGGAAAUACAAUUUUCCUUAUAUCCCCGUGGAUAAUCGCCACGGUUAAAAAAAACACCAUUCAAUGGAACUUAUGAAUGAACAGGAAAACAAAACAAAAAAAACGCACCGAUUUACACAUAUUCACCGUAAUUGUUGUCCGCGUUUAUUUAUUUAUACAACCUCUUAACUAUCCGAUCCUUGAUGGAGUUUUUGUUCACACCAUAUUUAAUAAUAAAUUCGAAGAAUAGAUUCGAUUUUUGCCGUAAUAGGACGGCUGUGGUGCAGAUACUGAAAAGCGUUGCGCCGAGUGCCAAUUGCACGGGACACGUUCGUAUUAAUUAAUAGCGGUACUCGGGCGUUCAAUUUUUAAAAUAAUUAUAAUUCAUACAUUUAUGUUAAAAGAGUAUGGUUUUAUUAAUUUGUUCGCGUUAAUUAAUAAUGACUGUCGUUUCUAAAAGGGCAAUUGAAAUAUCCGCCUUCGUAAACGAACUUUCAAAUUAAUUAUAAAUUACCUCGAUUUCGAGUCACUUCCUGAGUAUAGGAAAUUAGCAUAUUAAUUUGCAGUCCACUGAAAUCAAGAUUAUGAUUAUUAUCGUACGACUCAUUCGCCGCGAAUAACUAUUACGGCAGGUGUACCGAUUUUAAUUUUCUCUUUUUUACACAAUACAUGAAUACGGUAACGUUUUUAGUUACCUGGCAUAAUUUUUUGCUGUUUAUACGGUAAUGUUCCAGGUGGUUUAUGGUUUGGACUUGACUAAAACUGCUAGUUAUAGUAAAAACGAAGAGGUGGUAAAGAAAUCAGGUAAUGUUAAGAAAAAAAUAUAUGUAUCACUAUAUUAUUGUAAACAUAAUAAAACUAUUAAAAUCUGUAGGUGGUUUACUUGAUAAACCAACUGAGGUGAUUAACACUUCCGAAGUGAGCAAAAAUGUCAGCACUGUGGUGGAUAAAGAUGGAAUCGUGUCUAGUAUAACGAAGAACCCUACUAAGGUGGUCGACACUUCUGAAUUGAGCAAAAGUACCAGCACUGUGGUGGAUAAAGACGGAACUGUGAUCAGUUUGACGAAGGAUCCAAUUAAGGUGGUCGACACUUCUGAAUUGAGCAAAAGUACCAGCACUGUGGUGGAUAAAGACGGAACUGUGAUCAGUUUAACGAAGGAUCCAAUUAAGGUGGUCGACACAUCUGAACUGAGCAAAAGUUCCAGCACUGUGGUGGACAAAGACGGAAUUGUGUCCAGUGUAUCGAAUAACAAGACGGAAAUAGUCAGCGAAAGCAAUGCCGUUAAAACCUUGACGAAACGGGACAAAAUUAUAGGCGGUCUAUUAGAUAACCCAACUAAAGUGGUCGAAACUUCUAAAGUGCAAAAUCAUACCAGAAGUGUGUUGGCUAAAGACGGAAUUGCGUCCAGUGUAUCGAAUAACGAGAAAACAGUCAGCGAAAGCAAUGCCGUUAAAACCUUGACGAAACGAGACAAAAUUGUUGGCGGUCUAUUAGAUAACCCAACUAAAGUGGUCGACACUUCUUCAUUGACCGAAAGUACUACCACUUUGGUGGAUAAAGAUGGAAUUGUGUCAAGUGUAUCGAAAAACAACACUGAAAUUAUCGAUACUUCUUCGGCGGGCAAGAGUGCUACUUUAUUAAAACAAGAAGAAAUCACGUCCAAUUUGCCGAGUAACCCAACGAAAGUUGUCAGCGGCAGUUCUGUUGUUCGAACUUUGGCCAAAAGAUGUCACGUAAAUAUUUUUCAUGUUUUUUAUUAGUCGAUAUUAAACAUAAUAAAAAUACAUAACAGAUUAGUACAACAACAGUUGUAUAAUAUGAAUAGGUACAACGUGCGCAUUGCAUGUUGCACAUAAUAUUAUUGUUAAUUUGUAUCGAUUUAACAUAAAAUUGAAAUUUUUUUUUUUUUUCUAGUGUUUUAAAGUAAAACCAGAAGGCGAUAAGGAUGACUUUAAGGUUAAUAUCAUUUUAUACAACAUAAUAAAAAAAAAAAACCGUAAUAUUCCUUGUUUUCCAGUAUUCAUCACAAAUUAUUUAUUUUUAUUUAGAAGGAAAUGAAAGCAAAGUGCUGCUCAUGCAGUGAUAGCGACGAAACGGAAUCAAAAGAAAAAACGGUAAGUGUCCGUGAGGAAUAGCUAAUAUAUUAAAAAAUUAUAGUAGUCAUAAUAAAUUGUCGAUAUACAAGCAGGCGUCUAUAUAAAAAUGGUCAAAACCGUGUUUUGUUCUGGAUAAAUAACAAUUACUAUUGUAAAAUAAAUAAACAUAGGUACUGCAUAUAGUUAACAGACACAUAUGUUUUGUAAUGACGGGUGAAACAUAAAAUAUUUAAACGGUAUAUUUAUUGCCUAACCGUGUGCAUGACAUUAAUUGAAUUUUAAGGAAAAAGAAGGCGGAGAAAAUAUGAAAUUAAAACAAAAAUAUUUCGAAGAAAAAAGCAAAUCAAAAGACGAAGAUUUUAAAGAAAAAUUAUGCAAGGUAAACUAUUUUGUAAAUAUUAAUUCAAAUCUUUAUUUAAAAAUUUUCCACUAGUUUUCCUACUGAGAUAAUUCAUAAAAUAAAUGUUUAAAACACUUAACAAUAAUUGUCUUCUCGUCUCUAAAUUUAAAACUAUUAAAUUAUUAUCUAUGCGUUUUUGUUUUAUACAAAGUGCGGCAAACGUAAACAAAGAUUCGGAUGUCGUCCGUGCAUGGAGAAGGAAGAAGAAGAAAAAAGACAAAUGAAUGUAAAUAGAUUCUAUCCAAGAUUAUCUUAUUUAUUCGCAUUUGACACCUUAAUAUUUUUUUUUAAUACUAAGUAAUUAGGUAAUUAGCAACGUCUGAAAAAAAAAAAUGGUAAAUAAUUUCUCGAAUUUUUUAAAGAAAUUCUCAUGGUAGGAUACAUUAAAUAACAACCCGAAUUUUAAAACGGUUUAUUUCAUAAAUAAUCACGUAAUAACCCCAAUCGAUUUAUUUUAUAUUAUUCAAUAGUGUGUGGGUUUUAAGGAUCAUACAUUUAAAAUGUUGAUAUUCGAAAACUGACACACAAAAUUUAUUUUCGCGCGAAUUCAACGUAAUAAUUGCAUUAGUAAUUAUUGCUUUCGUUGGCAACACAAUGUACAAUACGAUUUUAAUGUUAUCGUUUAAGUAGUUAUUAUAAUUUCGGAACAAUAACAAUGAUUUUUCUUACUGUAUUUCUCAUUAUUCGUAGGAAAAUAAACGUAAAGGUGGUGUGUCAGAUAAAGAAAAAGAAGAAUUCAUGAAAAUGAACGUGAGUAUUACAAUAUUCGUUUAUGUUUCUCGAUCGACAGUAAUAAUAACAAUUUGUCUUAUUGUAUGACUCUAUUACCCGUAGGAAUAUCAACUGAAAGAUAGCGUGUCAAAUAAGGAAAAAGAAGAAUUGAUGAAAAUGAAUGUAAGUGUUACAAUAAUCGUUUAAGAUUUUUGUACAUUUUCAUUUAUUUAUGUCGUUUAUAUUGUUUAGAACGACUUUUUAGCGGCUUCGUUGUACAAAGAAGAAAUGAAACGGAAGGAAAUAGAAAAACUGGUUAGUAUCUAUUCAUGUAUUUGAUGAUCUCGUUCGGUUAAGAAAUUAUGUUCAAAAAAAAAAAAAUGUUAAACUCAAAUCUCAUGAUUACAACCAGGAUUUAUUUGUUUUUAACGAUUUAGUAAGACAAUUUAAUUUAAUUUCGUUCAUUUCGCAGGGUAAAGAAUGUGGGUUAUCCGACGCAGAAAUACAAAAGGAUCUAAAAAAAUCAAGGGUAAUUAAAUUUAGAUAAAAAAAAUGUAUUGUACCUAUGUGAGACUGAAGGAAUUCGUGUUUUACAUUCGUUUUAGAAUCUAGGAUACAUGGGCAUGUAUCAAUUUCCGGGAGAUAUGGAAUCAAUGACGGACAAAAUAAAGAAAAUGGUAAAGAUAUUUUAAUACCGAUGGAUUCCAUUUAUGAUUUUAAAAUUAUUAUUUUAGUAGUUCACAGUUUUUCUUUUUUAUUAAUGAAAAAUAAUUAUAAUUGUUUGAAAUCGAAUGAUUUUAAUCGUAGGAAAAUCAACGAAAAGCUUUAAUGUCAGAAUUAGAAAAGGAACAAUUUAUGAAAAUGAAUGUAAGUACUACAACAUUCAUGUAUGUUUCAUGAUGAAAAAUAAUAAUUAUCUGUCUUACUAUACGAUUAUAUGGCUAUUGAUUCUAUUACUCGUAGGAAAAUCAACGAAAAGCUCUAAUGUCAGAAUUGCAAAAAGAAGAAUUAUUGAAGAUGAAUGUGAGUAUCACAAUGUUUAUUUAAGGUUUUUGCAUGCUCUAGUAUGUGUUUGAUAUUGUGUUUAGAAAGACAAACUAUCGGCUACGUCGUAUAACGAAGAAAUGAAAAAAAUGGAAUUAAAAAAAAUAGUUAGUAUCUGCGUAUUACGCUAUUUUAAAAAACUUUAAAACAAUAUAUUUAUGUGUAACAGAAAAACAAUCCAAAUUAUAAUUAAGUAAUUAUAAUUUUUAACAUUUAAUUGAGAUUUAUUUAUUAGGAAUGUUUAAAUUAUAAAUUAUCAAGUUUAUACGUUUAUCAUUUUAGAUCGUAUUUUUUUUAUUUCACAGGGUAAAGAAUGCGGGUUAUCCGACGCACAAAUACAAGAAGACAUUAAUAAAUUAGAGGUAAUUAGUUUUAGAUAAAUAAUUUUUAGUACCUACGCGAGACCGAAGAAAACCGUAUUGUCUGUUUUUAUUUAGGGCAAAAAACGUCAAUCGUCAGGAAAUGAAGCAACGGCGGAUAGAAUUAAAAAAAUGGUAAAGAUAAUUUGAUAUUCACGAACUUCUAUCGUUUAUCGUUGUACAUAUUAGUUCAUAAUUCAACGCGAAAGACGUUUUACAUCCAAUAUAAAAUAAUAUUCGUUAGGAUGUAUGCGUAAUUUUCUAAUUAUUUCCUAAUAAAAUAAUUAUAAAAGGACAAACAAUUUGAAUGUUCAACGUUAUGGGUUUUUUUUUUUUUUUACUUUUUUUAUGUUAAUUUUAGAAACAACGAGAAGAACAAUUACUGUCGUCCUCAUCAAGCAAAAGUAAAGCUGAAAAGGAAUUGGUAAUAAAAGAAAGAAUUAGUAUUUAUUUUUAGUUAAAUUUGUAGUCAAUAAAUGAUUAAACAUAAUCAUAAAAUAAUUCGAAACACUUUAUUUUCUGAGCGCAGCGAAGAAUAUAUUGAUUUAAACACGACGAGUAUUAAUUUUCCAACUUUUUUUUGUGUCUGUGUAAAACUAUUCUACCAGAAAUUAAGAUCCAAUAAAAAAACGAUCCAAGAGUUAUUUUUAGCCUUUGGAUCUAGUUGAUACAUAAAGGAAGUUUUUUUUUUUAUUUUCCGUGUAGUUUUCUAAAUAAUUGGUAAAAAACGUAGGAAAAGGAGAAAGUUUAAGACAUUUACGGUUUCGUUGUUUUUGAUUUUUACACAUGAUUAAAUUUCCAAAAAAUACUGGUGAUUAUUUACUAUUUAUAGAAACAUGACAUUUUCGAGUUCUUUUUAAUUUCUACUCGGUUUUAUGUGAAUAACAUUUUUUCGUCAAACGGAAAUAAUCUAAAAUUUAAACCAGGAUGUAUUAGUCCAUUUUGGGCUAAUGUCCAAAUGGACUUUGCAAUGAUGGUUUUACAAUAAUAUUUAUUUAUUAAUAAAUAUUUUUUUUUUUUUAUGUCAACACUUUUUCUAUCAGAAAGCUUAUUCCGAUCAACAAGUAUUGUAAUUUUUCUGAAAUGAAAUGUUCUCUGAUUGGUACUAUAGAGGGAUCAGUUUUCGAAUCUCUUAUUAAUGUUCGAGAUAACGAGGAAAACCUGGUUCUUUAGAUUAAAAAAUAUUGAAAGAUUAAAAAGAAGGUUGCGAUUGGCAACGAUUUUUAUUAAUUUCUUUUUAUCAUUAAAUUUGUAUUAUUUCAAUAUUUUUCAAACAAUCAUUAUUGCCACGGUAACGCACAUUUUUGUAAUCAUUUUCCCAUAAUAUGGCGUGUACAUUGUUGAUAAAGUAACGUUACCAAUCGUUAUUUCGUUAGCUAUAGUAUAUCGUUACUUAAAUGUAUACAUUAAAUUCUCUCGUCUGUAUCCUAUUUUCCGAACUUCCCACCUAUAAUAGUGCACCCACGUGCGAAGUAUGUCCGUCCUUUUUUUCAUUUGCUUCAGUGCAGAAUCAUGUAGGUACUUACUAUAUGAUAUUUUUCAGACCUUAUAUAUAUAUUAUAGAAUCAUAUAAAUAAUGUAAGUUAGGUACGUAAAUUAAGACGGGCGUUAAAAGUAUUUAAAAAAAAAUAAAAAAAAAACGGACAUACAUAGGUGGGCCACUGUUGUAGGUGAGAAGUUGGGAAGGUGGGAGGGAAAUUUAAUAAAUAUCAUCUGUACCCGACGAUUGGUCUCUAAGAAUAAACGAUACUGAACAGAGUUUUUAAAGACCGCAAUAUUUACAUUUUGAAAUUAAUAUAUUUCGUACAUUUUCCCGUUUUUCUCACGUUUUUUUCCUAUUCUUUUGCGGAAACUCCCGGGAAAAAAUGGGAAAAUUACUUCCAUAACCAAAUCAGAUUUCCUUUCAGAAAAAGUGCACCAGUCGAUAUUUUCGCUAGCCUCGGAACUGAUUUCGAAUGUACGUUCGGUACGUGUACAAAAAUUUAAUAUAUUGCUAAACAGCCGAUGGUACCACUAGAUUUGUCGCAGCCUCAAAAAAACAUAGACAAUUUUAAAUAAUUUCAAUUAUUCAAUCGAUUUCUAUCCGAGGAAUUGCAUUUCAUCUCUAUUCUGUUAUAACGUAAACCUACUAAAUACCAUUCAACUUCUACGUUUACCACGCUUUAAAUCUAAAACAUGUUUCCAACUUCAGUAAUCUAUUCGAUUUUUCUACUUAAAUAACAUCAAUUUAUGCAUACAAAUAAUCUUAGAAUUCGAAAAAAAUCGUAAUUUUAACAGUUAAUUAUUAAUCUGCAAACGAUUCUGAAUAUAAAAUGUGAACAAAAAUGAGUUCCUAAUGGUUUUUUUUUUUUUUUUACAAGGAAAAGGAACAAAUGUUAUCUUCGUCGUCGUCGUCGUCGUCGUCGCGGUCAUCAUUUCAUAAGACGGUAAAUAACGUUACACGAUAAGUAAAUUUUAACAUUUAAAUAAGUAUUUAGUUUUGUUAGUGAAUCGGUCUUGUUAAUAAUUACACUGCAAUAAACUAUAACGAGUAUAACUGUUUGUGUUUUUAGACCUAUGACGAAUACGGGAAUAAAAUAGAGGAAAGCGAAACGACCGAUGAGUGAUCCUACAGUAAACGAAACUACAACGUGAAUAAUAUUAUUAUCCAUAUUGAAAUAUUGUUUAUUGUGUUUUCAUUAGUGAUACAGUAAAAUGUUUUUAAAACGAAAUUGCA